AUGGCUCACAUUGCCAGCUGCGUUGCCAACGCAGAGCACGCCUCUCCUCGACAAUCGCCAUCACAGGCUUCAUCUUCCGACAAGCCCCACGCGUGGAGGAUGCUGCCUUCGGAUCAGCAGCGCAGGUAUCAACUCUUUCCCAAGGACAAGCAGCUGCCUCUUUCCAGCAGCGGCAAGGCCCUCGAUCCCGAGAAGGCCUUUGCCUAUGCCAUGGGCGACAAGACCGACAAGGCCAAUGCCGUCGCCCAUCUGCGCUUGAGACCCAACCAGCACAGUCAAGCGCGACGACGCAAGCCUAUCCCUCAGGAUUCCUCUCACAUGACAACCGUCCAGGAGGUCCCCAUGGACUCACCCACCAUUCCCGGCCGGCCGGCCCUCCACGAGCGCUCUUCCAGCGCUCCCAAGGAGAAGACGGGGCCAGUUCCAACCCCCAUUUCCAAGGACAGAGACCAUCAUGGCUUCGCAUCCACCCUCGACAGGGCUUUCACUGGCACUGCAGAGCCAGCCUGGUCGCCCCCGAGUCUCCUUCCCGAUAGCCCAGCCCCGCUCAUCAUUCACCAACGCAACCGCCCUGCUCCUCUCCUCCAGUCCAAGAUUUCCCUCGCAAAGCUUCGCUCCGAUAGCGCUCCGCCCCGGGAGUCUCCCCGUGUCUCGACUCCAGAUCUCUCCUUGCCCCGAUCCGCCACCACAGACGGCACCUCGGGCACUGCACUCACCACUCCCAUGUCUGCGCCGCUUACGGAACUUCACUGUGCUUCGCCCAAGUCGUGGGAUGGCCCUGGUAGCGGUGACGGCUUCGCCACACCUUACACCGACGAUGCAUCGCCUUACGGCGCCGCCUGCGGACAUCAAAGACGGGUAUCCGCCUCGUCGAGCAUAGUGGAUAGAGGGCGACCCAGGAAGCGCGACGGCCAACCCAGCAGCAAUAUUUGCAGGGACAAGGACAAGAACAGCCCGCUCCCGGCUCCGCCCAAGUGCAGUGAGGGCUGGAAGCCGCGCGAUGCAUUGGGUAAGCUGAGUGCCGGGGACUCGUCGUCGCUUCAGAAGCAGGCAUAUCGUCAAGCCGAGAGGUUUGAAGUCCUCGGAGCCGGCGACGUCGAGGCCCUCUCCAAGGAACUUCGUCAACUCGACGAACGGACAGAGUACCUCCGACGCACCUACACGUCUCUACGAUCUGGGCGCCGCAAUCUCCAUUCUCGGAUUUGCCAAUACCUUCGCUCGCCGCGCACGACUCGUUUCAGUCACGAGUCGAUGCUGCGGCAAGAAGAGGCCCUGGCCGAGCUGGACGAUUCCAUCGACGACUGGGUCAACAAGCUCGAGCAUGUCGAGAAUCGACGCGCACGGAUCCGCCAGAAGCUCCUCGAGCACGUCGCAGCCGCUACCCUGCUCCCUGUUCCGAGCAGCCCCGCCGCUUCCUGCGAGUCCCUGCAGCAGAUCAUGGGCGUCAGGUCGCCCGUCCCUUCCGGCAUCUCCACGCCCCCCCGGAGUCCGAAGAGACAGGCAUUCUCCAACCCCCUUGGAGGCGAGUCGCCAUCGCCGCAGCGGGUGGUUGCCCAAGUGCCCAGCACCGUCAUCGAACAGCCCGUCGUGGAGAUCGAGCAGGCUGCCCAGCAGACUCGGGGCAGCGUGGCCAAAGGCCCAAAACGGUCUGAUGUGGAAAGCAUACGGGUCUACGUGGGCGGCGAUGUCUUUGCCUUGCUCGCCGACGUCGAAGACGAAAUCUCCCGAAUGGGCAGCCAACGGAUCCCCGCCAAGCCGUGGGAGUCUUCUGGGAGGCAGGGCGAGCGCGGGAAGCACGGGAGUUCCAAGGGCUCGGCGACCCCAAACGGCUCGGCAUCUUCCUUUGUUUUUCCUCCGCCGCGAACCCCUGCUUCCCAUACCUCGACUACCAAGGACGGGCCCAAAGAGACGAUGCCGUCCGUGCCGCCGCCGCCGCCGCUCAAAGACAUCAAGCCGGCCGAAGGUGAACUUCUUCUCACGAGCGCCGUGUUCAAGCCUUGA